AUGCUAUGUAAAGAAGCAAUAUUUUUUGCCAAAAUUGUCACACAUAUGUAUCCCAUUGUUACUUGGGGUGCAGCUAGACAAAAAGCCAAUCUCCCUGAUAAUGCAAUUUAUUGGGGAGAACAGUCAUCUAUAACAGUGUUCAAGUUGCUAUUUGAUCCAUUGUACCAACAUCAAGCUUCAGAAAUGCCAACCACAACACGGCUCUGCAUAUGUUAUGACAUCACUGAUGCACUUGACCACAUGCACCAAAGAGGGUAUCUCCACUGUGGCUUGAAGUCCAAUAAUGUGUUGGUCGCACAAAAUAAGGGAUACUUAAUUGACUUCGGGAAAGUUUGUGACAUCUCUUGA